CGAAACGGCGAAGAGCCCGAAAGUGGCGGGAAGCCCGGGCGACCGCCCGAGAAAUGAGCUCUUCCGUCCCCACCAGAGCUAGUAUUAUGAGAGAGCAUUAACCUUUCUCUCGAUCGAGAGAGACAAAGAGAACGAGCGAGCGGGGAGAAAAGGUGACGAGGAAGAGUGGGGCAGAGAGAGAGAGAGAGAGGGAAAUGGGAGGCUGCUACUCCGCCCCGUCUUCCAGCGACGCCUACUUCCGGCGCUCCCGGAAGCUCCGCUGCCUCCCUUCCAUUUCCUGCGACUAUGACGACGACGACGACGACGACGGUGAUGGCGUCGACGAUGACCCCCUCAGCCGCCUCUCUUCCGGCAGCGCCUCCCCUGACUCCGUCCUCCGCGGCCCCCACUCCUCCGCCGCCGAGUUCCUCCGCCGCUUCCGCCUCGGGGUGGAGCUCGGCCGGGGAGAGUUUGGGGUGACGCGGCGCUGCUGCGACGCUGCCACCGGCGAGACCCUCGCCUGCAAGUCCAUCUCCAAGCGGAAGCUUCGCACGACCAUCGACGUCUCCGACGUCCGGCGGGAGAUCGAGAUCAUGCGCUGUCUCCCGGAGCACCCCAACAUCGUGCAGCUGAGGGAGGCGUACGAGGAUGGGGAGGCCGUCCACCUCGUGAUGGAGAUUUGUGAGGGAGGGGAGCUCUUCGAUCGGAUCGUGGCCAGGGGACAUUACACCGAGCGUGCAGCGGCCAUCAUCUUCAAGACCAUCGGCGAGGUCGUUCAGAUCUGCCAUAAGCAUGGGGUAAUACACCGGGACCUGAAACCAGAGAAUUUCUUGUUUGCAAAUGAAUCAGAAGAUGCUCCAUUGAAGGCAAUAGAUUUUGGCCUCUCUGUAUUCUUCAAGCCUGGUCAGCGCUUUAGUGAAGUUGUUGGAAGUCCAUAUUACAUGGCCCCUGAAGUCCUGAAACGGAACUAUGGGCCAGAAGUAGAUGUAUGGAGUGCUGGAGUGAUUCUCUACAUCCUGUUAUGCGGAGUCCCACCUUUUUGGGCAGAAACUGAUGAGGGAAUUACCCAGGCGAUUAUCCGAUCUGUUAUUGAUUUUGAGAGGGAACCUUGGCCGAUGGUAUCCGACAAAGCUAAAGACCUUGUGAGGCAUAUGCUUGAUCCUAACCCAAACACCCGGUUGACAGCUCAGCAAGUUCUUGAACAUCCUUGGCUUCAGAAUGCUAAUACAGCUCCCAAUGUUUCACUUGGAGAAAUUGUCAGAGCAAGACUGAAGCAGUUCUCAGCAAUGAACAAAUUUAAAAAGAAAGCCCUAAGAGUGGUAGCUGAACAAUUGCCUGUGGAAGAAGUAACUAGCCUUAAACAGAUGUUUCACAUGAUGGAUAAGGACAAGAAUGGACACCUAACAUUUGAAGAACUCAAAGAGGGCUUGCACAUAAAUGGAGAGCGUGUACCAGAACCUGAUCUUCAGAUGUUAAUGGAAGCAGCUGACACUGAUGGAAAUGGAACUCUGGACUGUGAGGAGUUCGUGACCGUCUCCUUGCACCUGAAGAAAGUCAACAGUGAGGAACGCCUAGCCGAAGCAUUCAACUUCUUUGACAAGGAUGGGAGUGGCUUUAUUGAAGUUGAAGAACUGAGAGAAGCUUUAGGUGAGGGUGAUCUAGGUCCAAAUGAGCAAGUAAUCUGGGAGAUCAUCUCUGAUGUUGACAAGGACAAGGAUGGACGUAUCAGCUUCCAAGAAUUUGAGUUGAUGAUGAAAACUGGAUCAGACUGGAGAAAUGCCUCACGGCAGUACUCAAGACAAGCACUUAGUACCCUUAGUCGCAGGCUGUUUAAAGAUGGUUCCAUGAAGAAGGGAUAGUAGAAAGGGCCUUCACUUGAAACAUGGUUCAUGAAGCCUCCAUCAAGUCAUCCAUGCAGAUAAGUUUGUAUCUUACUUCCCUAUCUUCCUCAUAAGUAAUUCUCAUGAGUGUACAGUGUCCCAAUUUGAUAACCUGCAUACUCUCAAAUACAAUCCAUUUUCUCCUCUCAUUCUUGUGUGUAUAAUGUUCAUGAUCAAUUAUUCUUCAGUGUGGACCUGGUAAGAUGUAUGCCAUAUUUGUAUAAUGACUUCAAAUUCCUAUAUAAAAUAUUAAAUAUUGGUUUAUGAUGGUAACA